UCUCUCUGAUCAUCUCAGCAUUAUUCUUCAGCACUGCUCAUCUUUACACGUCACACGGACCAAAUCACAAGAUGAUCACAAUAUCCUGUGCUUUCUUUACUCUUCUGACCUGUGUCAGUGGAGUGACUGUAGUGACUCAGAGUCCAUUAAUCACAGUCAAUAAAGGACAAACGGCUACACUGGACUGUAAUCUGGGGACAGUAACUAAUGCUCAGGCUAGAUGGUACAAACAGACUCCAGGAGGAGUUCCUCAGCAUGUGUUAAGAUUUUAUCAUGGCUGGAGCUCAGUUAAAUAUGGAUCUGGUUUCUCUGCUCCUAAAUUCACAUCAACACAUUCAUCUAAAUCAGAUUAUAGUUUGAUCAUCAAUAAUGUGGAUGUUGGUGAUUCUGCAGUGUAUUACUGUCAAACAUAUGACAGCUCUGUCACUGUGGUAUUCGGACAAGGAACAAAACUCAUUGUGACGGAUGCUGAUGUUGCUCCUCCUGUGCUGAACAUCCUCCGUCCAUCCAGAGAAGAGCUGAUCAGCUCCAGUAAAGUCACUCUGGUGUGUCUGAUCGAUCACAUGUCUGCGGCUUUUGCUGAUGUGCGCUGGCUUGUGAACGGGAACUCAGUCACUGAAGGCGUCUUCACCGGCUCUGCUGAACAGCAGCCUGAUAAGAAGUUCAGGAUGAGCAGUUAUUUAACCAUUGAGAGCUCAGAGUGGGACAAAGACAAAGAUCUGACAUGUGAAGCUUCUGUCGCCUCAAAAACCACCAGAACAAACAUCAAGAAAUCUGACUGCAGCGACUGAACUCAGACAAUCUGAUGUGUUGUUUGACUGAUUAUGAUAGUGAGUAAUAAUAUCUUCUGACGUAGUGUGAUAGAAAUCAUGAAUAUAGAAACUAUCAAAAAUAGUUCAAGAAUGGCUUUAACUGUGUCGCUUUCUGCAUAUUCUGGCUUUAUUGCGAAUGUAAGAUGAUUUACAACCUGUUUAAUAAACUGCAUGUUAAACAAA